GAAGCAGCCAAACGCGUUUUCUCAUUCGCAUUUCGCAUCUCACCCACCAGACCCAGUGCACUCCCAGUUCAUUACUAUGGCAUUGUGGUGCCUUCUGCCACUGAUCACAAUCGUGUGUUGUACGCUUGGGGCCCAGGCGCGAGUCUGUAGCGGCACGCCAGCCAUCAAAGACGAUCGCAUCGUAUUUCCGGAAGAUGACGAUUACGAUAAAUUCGAGAAAUUUGUUGUUGCACUGAAUGGGACCUCACCGUCGCCUAUAGAUGAGACAACUACGUUGUUGCCGGCAGUGAACAGCACCGCCGCCGUCAUGCCAGACUUGGCUCUAAACAAAACCAAUGCCAAUACUACGGCAGAAUCAAUUCCGCUGGCUUUUGACAAUCGCAUAGCACUGGACUCGUUGCCCAAAUGUGGGCCCGGCCUAGAGUUGCGAGCAGGCCGUUGUCGCAAGUCGGCCUAGCGGAAUGUUCCUUCAUCAUACUUUAGCCAAUAUUUAAUUAUGGUAAUUGUGGAGUCAACUUUCCCAGAGCAAAAUAUGAGCAGCGGAGAGCGAAGCAACAAGCACCUUCAAAGCAACGCUCUUUAAGCUUUCGAAUGCCCAUCGCCGGUACUUCCCCACGUAGGCAGCUGUUGUGAGAUAAGAGCGUUA